UAACUGUAAAAAGUCGGCCAGAAAUUUUUAAAUACGAAAAAUUAAACCUUCCAGGAAGAUGGUAGUGAAGUUAAAUGGCACUAGAAUGCUAGAUCUAGCUGGAUCUUAAUCUAGGCUGGAUGUAGUCAAUUCUAGUCUACUAUUUAUAAUUGUAUAAAGAUCAAUUUUGAAAAUGAAAGCGACAGCUUAUAUCUCUCCAAUUUUUAUUUAGAUCCAGUGUGUACAAAAGUACAAUCUAGGCUAGGCACCAUGAACUCAACUACUAUUGAGCUGCUCUCUAAUGAUCAGAUGAGGGCAAUAUCUGUCAUUAGUCUGGUAACUUCAUGUCUCAGUUUCAUUGGUUCAGGCUCAGUGUUUUUCUGCGCAAUUUACCAUGGGAGAGUGUGUUACCCUGAGAUCUUCCCUACAUUUCAUCUAUCACUGGCGGACAUGCUAUCAUCUUUCUUCCUUUUAAUUGGAUCUUCAGUAUUUUUAAAAAAUAUGGUCAUACAUGACAUAAACUUUCCAGGAAGCCCUGGACCUUGUGGUUAUAUCAUGACAAUAGUGACGUGUUCAUACACAAUAGCAUUUUUCCUCACCAUAACUUAUGCGUUGGAAGCAUUGUUCAGAUUUCGAAGACGACUUACAGAUGGAAUGAACUUGGAUCUGAUGGCUGUUCAAGCAGUCAGCAACAAGUGGAUGUAUUUAGCGUACUCCUUGGCUUGGUUGGUGCCAGUGGUGUUAGCUGUAGUUUUGAUGCUGGUGACUGGUAACUUGCGGGAUAAAGAUGACUCUGCAGCCCUGGAACCCAUCCCGACCCCAAUCAUUACUGACCAGUGCUCAUCAUGUUUUGCUGUUUUCUGGUUUAAUGAGGAUGACUGCUGGGUGCAGGUAGACGAAGGCCAGAUGUGGCAUACUGCAAUCAAGUUAAUGUUUCUAAUUCCCUUAAUGCUGGUACUUAUUUUAAACAUGAUAUUGUAUGUGUUAAUAACAAAAGUGUUCAAGCAAGUUGCCAUGAGGAGAGGACUGCUUAGCUAUCACCAAAGACAGGAGGAAAGUCUUUUGAAGAAAAAAGCCAUGUUAUAUCAGGGUGUCUUCUUUUUUUGCUGGUUGCCAACUAUUGUGUUGGGAGUCUUGUCUUUCACUAGUGACUACCUAAUGGGCAAAUUCUAUUGGCUACUUGUUGUGCAGGCCGUGGCAGGCCCACUACAAGGUAUAUUUAACAGCAUUAUUUAUGGAUGGAAGCGUGACAGCUUUAGGAGAGCCUUGUCAGAGAGGACUUCGCUGCUCAGUACCAAUAGAACCACUGCUAUGGCAAAAUAAGUCAUCAAAUUGACUUUGUUAAAUGUAAGUAUUUGGGAUUUUACUUUUUGAAAAUAAUGUGUAAUGUUCCUUUUUGUGAGCAUAUGUCUUGUUUUGCCCCCAAAAAGCUUUUCCACACAGUGCUUGUUUAUGUAGUUUUAGCUUAAGUAUAGCUGAGAUUUUAGCUGCUGCAUAUUUUGAUAGUAUUACCACUUCAGCUUUGUGGAAAUAAGGGGAAGGCGAGUUUUUAAAAUAACACUUCUACAGUCCCAGUAUUUUUCAACUUUUAAAGCUUCUUUCUGUUUUAUACUUAUCAGUUUGUAAAAGUGUACAGCUUUUGACACUCAUAUAUGUAGUAUGUUUUAUAUUAUGUAUUUAUAAUCAAUAUUAGCUUGCUUUUUAAAUUUACCGUACAAAACUAUUUCAGAGCACACACCACCUGAAGUUUGCUACACCUUUUUCUUAAGUAUUGUUUCCUCUGCAACUGCAUCUUAGUUUUUAUUUUUAUUUUUGCAAAUAAAGUUAAUUUUACUCAAUUAUGCAGUAAAAUAUAUUUAAAAAGUACUUAUUAAACUAUUUACAAAAUUAUAGAAUAAAUAUGUUGAAUGAGAUCUUUUUGCCAGUAUUGCAGUUUUGUACUUAAAAAAAUGCUUUGUAAAAGGAUUAUAUUUGAAAUCAAACAUUUUAAACUCAUUUUGAAAUACAAAGUACAAAAAUAAUUUUUAAAAAGUACUUGUAUAUUUUCAAAGAAAAAAAAUAAAGUAUUAAGGUAUCUCUCUAAAUUUAGCAUUGAGGAAUACCAUAACAGUAAGUGCUUUCAAUUUCUACUGACUAUCUUGAAAUUGUCUAAAUAAUAAAAAUGUCUAAUAAAUUUCUAUUAAAUGGCAUUAUAAAACCAUGUAGAUCUACUUUGACAAAAUAUGAAUGAGUAGCAUCAGUUCUAGAGAUGUGUGCUAUUGUUUGUUUGUUACUUAUGACAUUUUCUUCUGGGUUUUCACCAUUCAGGGAGACUUUAUAUAUUUACUUUUUGUUUUAUAAGUAUAUUAAGAACACAAAAUGUAAUGCGGCUUCUCUUCCUGGCUUUCUAAUGUUAGGCUAGUGCAAUUUUAUAAUGUACUUAAAUUAAAUGUUAUGUUUAUGGUUAGUCAUACUUUUUAAUAUUUUGUUCUAUAUAUUUAAAUCAUUUUGUAUAUUGCUUAAAAUAUACAGGUUAUCAUAGGAAAUGUAUUAGUAUUAGCUUGCAAUAUACUGUAAUUUAUUAGAAAUGCAUGUUUUGAUUUGCAAGUUUUAAAAGCGAUUUAUGUAAUGUAAGUUUUAACAAUUUGAUAUCAUUUACUGUCAUUUUUAAUCUUCUUCACAUGCUGAUUUUAUGCACAUUUUCAAUAUGCAUAGGAAAUGUUAAGAAAAAAAAAGCAUUAGUUCUAAGUUCCAUGUUAAGAAAAAUGUAUUGCAAUAAUAAUUUGUUCUUAUCACUUUCUUUAUCAGGAGUUAAUUGUCUGCCGCCCUCAAUAUGGCAAUGUGGAGCUUACUGGCAUAUCCAAACGUUUUGUUAAUACUCUCUCAUGCAGUCAAAUUUUUGUGAUAAGAAUUCUAGUUCUCAGACUAUUGAAUUAUUGUUCCUUUACUUGUUUAAACUUUUUAUCUCACGCUUAGAUCUGAUGGCUCAUUUCCUACUGGUGAUCCCUAUUCCUACUUUUUAGUUAUUUAUUGAUAAGAAAAUCCAUAUUUUAAUUCACCUUUGGUGUGUGCCAUAAGAAAAUUGUCUUUUGAAUAAGCAAUUACAACCCUAGUCAUGGAAACUGUUGAAUGCUGGUUGCUUACACUGUUCACAAUGUAUGUCUAUAGCAAGGUUGUGAAUGGACACAUUUUUCGAACAAAUUUUUCAAACGCCCCGGUAAUCAUUUUGUACUCACUAUUAUUAAUAAGUUAUUAAUAAAUGGUUUUACUUUUGUAACAUUUCCCUCAUAUGUUUUCUAGUUAUUCAAAACUGGUUAUAAAUUUUCUAUACUGUUACAGAAUUGUAUUUCCAGAUACUGUUACAGAAUUGUUUUUCCAACGUUGUUUCAUGAAUCUGCUUUUUACCUAAUAUACAACCAGGCGGCAUUAACAAUAUUUUUUUUAAUUGAUCAAGAUGACAUUAAGAAAAAGAAAAUUGUCCAGAACUAAACUAUAAGUCAUGAAAUUUAUAACUGCAAAAAAUUGUUACUUAUAUCAUUUUUAUGUAACAUAAAGAAUGAUUUUAAAUUGAUAUUAGUAAUAAAACAUAUGGAAGUAAAGCUAAGAUUUCAUAACCUUUAUAUUUGGAUAAUGAUUUGCUGAAAUUUUUUGGCUUUAUAGUCAGAAAUGAUAAAUUAUUUAAUUAAAUAUGCUUUUGAUAUAAUGGUGCAUUUACAUUUCUUCUUAUAAAUGUAGAACAGGUUUUUAUCAUUAAAUAUUUCAUUUGUAAUUCAUUGUGUCAACGAAAACUUUUGGCUUAUCAAUUACUGCUUUCAAUCUGAUUAUAAAAACUAUUUAUUCUACUUCGAAAACAUGUCAUAACAACAGAAAAAAAUCUCAUUUAGAUAGACGCAAUGCUUUAGUUUAAUGCAUUACAUUGAUUGGUAUGAAUUCAUUAAAUUAAAUACUGGCGCUAGCAGUUUAUAAACACACACAAAAAUGAUAUUAACUGUUCAGGCAUUUUUUUCCAUUUUAACAAAAAGACAAAAUAUUAAUUUAAGUUGGAUAAAGUUCUUAGAUUUGUUUUCUCUUACUUUUUCAGUCACUAUUUUUUGUUUGAUUUCAUUUUUAAAAUGUAAUUGUUCAAUUUAACAAGAAAACUGUUUUAUUUUUAAAUAUCAAAGACCAUGGUUAAAUUUCAUUUUUGUCCAAUAUGUCCAUUCAUUAAAUGUUUUUAUUGUCAUUUUUACUGGAGUCAUGAGGACAAUAUUUCAGUAACAGUUAUUACUUUUAAAUUUUUGUUGAAUAUUUCAAAUUAACUUUCAAACAGGUUUUGAUGAAUAAAAAUAAAGAGUGAUGUUGAACAACA